AUGGAACUGUACUCGGAAAUUUCGCGUCUUGCCCUCACAAAAGACGAAAAGACUGCUUUGCGUGCUUAUUUUAUAAGGAAUGCCGCGCAGAAAGGGGAAGUAGUUGCUGCCUUAUCAACGUGCGAAGAUGAUAAUGAUAAGGUUACCUUGUUGAAAGCUCUCUUGGAGCCAGCAGCAGAACAACAUAUCCAGAGAAUUAGGGAUUUGAAAUAUGAGAAUUUCCUUCUUAGGAUAUCCAAUACACAAAGUUCUGCUUCCGUGUACAGAUUUGUGAGAGCACAGGGAGACUUCCGACUUUGGGAAAUCGAGGAGGAUGCCAAUAUAGAACCACAAAGAGGGGCUGGUGACCAUGUAUUUAAUAACCACCGUAAUCCUCCCACUCAAGGAUCAAGUGAAAUUAAUAUAACCCAACCAUUUUAUAAGAAUAUUGUGAGUGAAAUCAAUGAAAUCUUAAAUCAGAUGCACCCAAGUAAUUUACUUGUAUUGGGAGAUGGUGGCGGCUGGACGAGAGAGAAUAUUUUCCUUGAUAUCAUAAUUGGCCCUUCCGGUUUCUACAAAGAAUUGACAGAAAAUCCACCUAAUUUAUCAAAGAGUUUGGGCUGGGAGGUCAAGAGUGAUUUAAAUGAUGGUUCAAAAGUAACUGAAGGGAAAGGUCAACUAGUAAAAUAUGCCAGGGCAUACCUUACAGCAGAUCCACCUCUAACAAACGUUUUCUACGGAUGUUUAACGGAUGGAAAGCUUUGGUUAUUUGUAAAAAUUCAACUUGUAUUAGAUAAUACUAAUAACCCAAAAGUGAAGUUUGAGAAAAGUCAGACUUACGAAUGGAGUGGAAAAACGACCUCAUUUAUUGCUGGCAUAAUUGAGCGUUAUCAUAAUGACCUGUCUAUGAGAGCUUCUGGUGACAAAAAAGAAUAUCAAAAUAACGAUGAAACGUAUAUGUAUAGGAAUAAGUCAUCAAUUUCUCCUGAAAGUCUCUUGGAUUCUUUCAUCAAUGAGGGUAUCUAUAUCAGAUUACACUCUGGAAAUCAUAUCCAUGUGCAGAUUACAUCUCACCUUGGAACUGGAAGAGAGUGCAUAGUUUUUUUGGCACAAGUACGUGAUUAUGGAAUAAAAGAUGCUGUUUUGAAGAUCGAAGUUCGCAAGGACAGUGAAAUCUCUCAAGUUUACCGUGAAAUAUCAGCGUUGCAUGGACUAGGUGGUCUUUCUUGCGUUCCCACAAUUCUCUUCGAAGGUUAUACAAUGGGAGGAUCCCUGGCAUUACUAACUGAUUUUGUGGGACAACCCCUGGAAUCAUGGAUUUCUGACAACGGCAAUAUAGAUGAUUACACAAUUUUCCAAAUAAUUCUGAAUCUAUUAUCGUGCUUGGAGAAGAUACAUGCUCGUGGUUACACACAUGGAGAUGUGGCCAUACGAAAUGUUAUACAGAGAAAUGGCCAUUUCUAUCUUAUUGAUUUCGGUCUUGCAACUCUGUUACAACUUCUCUCUGAUCCAUGUUAA